AUGAUGAUCGCUGGAGGUCAAACUCAGAUCGUAGAAGCAGAUCUGACAUCCCAGAGAGAAAGAAAAAUUAGCUCUAAUAAAAAUAAAAAAGAACUCCUGAAUCUGCAGGACUGGAUCAGAAAGACUGAGGAGCGACAAACUGGAUUAUUUAUCAGUCUGAGGAGAUGAAAAUAAAGAGUCCAAACAUGAAGCGAGAUCAUCUACUCUGAUCAGACGAGGCCUUCACAGAGAGAAACGAAGCAGGAAAAAUCAGCUCUGUGAGUGAGAGUGAGGGGACACAGGAGGAGCGAACUCUGCAGGACUGCAGCUCCUUUAAUCAUUGACAGGAAACUCAAACACACAAAAAUCCUCACCUGUUAUAUAAUCAACACUAACGCAACAAAAAUCAUCAAAAAGAACCAAAUUAGAGUGAAUAAAAAGCUUUGUUUCUUUUUUGGAGAAGACAUUAUUGCCUCAUAAAACCUCUUUUCGUCAUGUUCGUCAAGGUUUUAUUUUACGCUUUUAUUGCUUUUAUUUUGGAGCAUAAGCUACUGUAGGUAGAUCUAAAACUGACUGAGUCUGAAUGAAAACAGUGAAAAGAACGGUCAGAAAGUGUAAAUGUUUGAUUUAAUUGAUUUAAAACUUAAGUUAGUGAAGUUGUUUUAGAUCCACUAAAAAAUCUUGACAUAUUAUUAUUAUUAUUGUUGUUGUUUUUGUUACUAUUAAUAUUAUUAUUUUUUAAAAUUUAUUAUUAUUAUUAUUAUUAUUAUUAUUAUUAUUAUUAUUAUUAUUAUUAUUAUUAUCAUUAUUACUAAUGUCAGACCUAUAUAACUGAAACUCAAACAAUAUUACACAUUGAUUAAUAUCACAAUAAUCAGUUCAUGCAACAUUUGACUUAAAUUAAUCAUUUACCAUCCAAGUGUAUUUAAAAAAUUAUGUGUUUGUAAUUUACUCUCAGACUGUGUUGUUGGUGUUUUCCUGCUCUUUGCUGCCCCCUGUCUGCUGAUGAAGCUCCCUGACCUGCUGCCUGAUUUUUACCAUUUUUCACCGCUAGAUGUCCCCACAGACACGCACACUGUUUUCACACCGCACUGAGGUGUGUGUGUGUUAGUGAGAGACAAAAGGAGAGAGAGAGAGAGAGAGAGAGAGAGAGAGAGAGAGCUCUGAAUCAGUCCUCUGAAAACGCUCCUCGAUGAUGAGCCUCUCUAAAUUUUUCUGAGUUAAUUGAGGUGAACUUCCCUGAAAUCAGUCUGAUCCGGAUCUGAAGGACUCUGGGUUGGAGGAGAAACUUUUCAGGGACUUUGGUGUCUGACUUUGGAGGAUUUAGGAUCACAGCUGCUGUCAGGAGCAGGUGGUGGAGACCAGAGAUCAGGACCUGAAGAGGUGAACCCUUCAAAUAUACAGGUACAGUUUUAUUUAUUUAUUUAUAUAUAUUUUUAAGAUCAGGGUUGAUUUUCUUUACAGAUUUAAAAAAAUACAUGUUUGUGCAUAUUGAGUAAAAAUUUAAGGGUCAAUAUGUGAUUGUAGUUUAAUUUAAAGUCUGUUUUUGUCGUUUUAAAAGGAGCAGAAGUGUCUGAGCUGUAUGUGUGAUGGGACUGAAGUUCAGGUUAACAUUUAUACACUUGGACUUGAGAGAUCUUAAAUAUGGAUGAAAAUGAGGGAAUAGGUUGUAUGAUCCACUUUGCAACUGUUAAAAUUGUCUAAAAACACAUAUUAAUGAAUCUAGAUUAAAUAUUAAAGGAUAAAUCUCGGCGGUUAAACAUGAAAUCCUAAUUUUCAGUCAUUUCAUCACAUGAUUUAUGCUGUUUAAGACAAGAAACAAACAAAAAACUUUGAGUCAGUUUGUUGCAAACUGAUUAAAGCUCCCGUAAGGAUAUUUAAGUCUGUGUUGAUUUUGGUGCCCCUAGUGGACAAAGAUGUAACUCUUAUAUUGUUGUUGCUGCCUCUUGCUGUCUUUUUUACUGUGAAAUUAUCAUUUAGUGUGAGUUUUCUGUUUCUCCUAUGUUGUACCCCUUUUUCAGAAGUUACAGGUGUUAAAAAUCAGUUUCUCACCUGUCAGUCUGUCUUAUUGGACUCAUUUGGUUUAAGACGUCAUAGGAAAGCGUCUCAGUCAAAUUCACAAUCAAUCAAAAACUUUUCAAAGGAGCUUUAAGGAAACUAGAUAUCAAACCUGAAACUCUGCCACAUUAUACAAAAUCACAUUUUAUCUACAUUUUCUGAAGAUUAUUGGGACUUUUUUGAAGGACAGGGUGAGAGACGGAGUUAGGGUUCAGGUUAGGAAGAGAACCACAGGUUGGACGAGGACCUGAGUCUGCCGUCUCUUUACAUUAAGACAGUUUUUGAGAUGAUGCCUGAAGGCCGAGCUGUAAGAAUCAAAGAUGUUUAACCUAUAAGACUUUUUCUUUCCUCUUGAUAGACCUCACAUCAGUGUUGACUCACAGUUUCAAUAAGAAAUAAAAGAAAUAAAAGCCUGACGACUUCAGGGCAGUGAGGAUGUUUGACCUCAGAAACAGCCAAUAAAUCAACAUCUCUGCAGUUUUCAGGGAACUUGAGAUUGUCCAGAUUCUCACAAAGACUCGUUUUAAGGUCGUCUUUGUCGUUUUCUAGGAAUCAGCUGUUUCAUUUUAUGGCGAUCAGAGUAAUAAGUGACAUCGAUCAGUUGAGAGAAAAACAGGAUCUGGACGAGGACAGAUUCAUGUCUUUGUUCCAGAAAGAUCCUCUCUCUGAUUGAGUCACAGGAGUUGGAGCGGUUGAACGUCUGCCACCACGUUUCUAUCGAUCUGGCUCAGAGACCGUCCUCUGUUCAGAGUAAUUUAAUCUGACAGGGACAAAAAGAGACAUCCGGACGCAGCAGAGAGACUAAACUGGGACUGUGAGGACUCUUUAUUCACAGAGCAGACUGAGCUGCUCCCUGAUUCGACAUUUCUCUGUGAAUAAUCUCUCUUUCGCUCUUUCACCUCAUCGAUUCGAUGUACAGGAACAAUAUUUGUCCUCAGAGCUCAUGAAUGAUUAACGUCGGAGUUUCUCUCGUGUUCGUGGAGCUCCUCUCAUGCACAGAUUGAUUCAGAGUUUUUAUGUAACAUCAUUUGAAGGUAAACGUUGAGGACAAAGGCGUGUUGAUGGUCGAAGGUGUCGCUGUGUGUUUACUGACUCAUGCGGCGUAUCAUUUGCUCACUUGGGUGUAGACUACAGUAUCAUUAUCCGGCGUUUGUGACGUAUUUGAGUCGUCGUUAAGAUCUGUCCACUCUGGAGAGUUCUCUCAGACUCUGUUUGUCCUUCUGAGCAGGUGCAUCAGGAUCCGAGCUGA